UGCUCGCCGUGAAGUCCGUCGUAUUUUCUCGCGAUUUCCUCCGUAGAAAGCGUCACUAGAAAUGAGCAGGCGAAUGAAUCAGUUGAUCACCGUCGGCUUCAAGAAAUGGUGCUACAAUAUCAGCAGAUUUAAUCAAUACGGUUUAUGGAGGGAUGAUUUGCUCAUCGAAGAUGCGGACGUGACUGAAGCGCUGAGGCGCCUGCCUCAGGAACUCAAGGAUCAACGCAACUUCCGCAUAGUGAGAGCCAUACAGUUGGACGCCAACAAGAGAAUCCUACCCGAGGAGGAAUGGACUAAGUAUGAAGAGGACGUACAUUACCUUAAGCCGUACGUCGAUGAAGUUGUGAAAGAGCGCAAGGAGAGAGAGGCAUGGGAGGCGUCGUAAAACCAUAGCGCAAUGAUUAAUAUAGCAAUGUAACAAAGAUUAUCCGUUCUUUGAUGCGGAGAAGAGCUGGUCUGUACAUACAUAAGAUGAAUAGAUAUUAAAUAAAUUAUAUUUGCUUUUGUUCGAAACAGCAAUAAGUA